AUGAAACCAGAAGGAGUGGCAGGAGUUUGCGGCGCUAUCCUCAUCGCUACAUUAAUCUGCCUUGGCAUACUUGCAAGAUAUUGGAAGAAUGGGUCGACCAACACUAAGAAGACGCCAAUCUAUUCCUUGAUCAAAAGUCAGGAUUGUGGCGACACCAGCCGGGGCAUGAGAACGAUUUCCGUCAAAACUACUGAUCAAGAUAUUGGAUCCAAGCUUGCAUCGGUUUGGGGUCCAAGCACGCUCGAACAAACAAAAUCAACUGCUGUUAUUGGAUGGGCCUGGAAUACCUUGUUGACGUUGAUCCCGAUGUGCUUCUUGGCUCUCGCCAUAGUUGCUGUAGACCUGGAUGGCCAAACUAGAUCGCUCUAUGGUGAGCGGGUCUUAGAGCUGACCAGGUUAAGUCCUUCUUUAUACCCUAUUCUGUUCGCUGCUAUAGCAGGUCGAUUCUAUAAGAACCUUGCGCGCUGGUACCUGGAACAGCCAGGUGGUGUCAGGCUUGCCGUCUUGGAACAGCUCUUUGGUAGCCAGAGCUUUGCCACAGCUUUCGAACGUGUGUUCUUGGUUCAUACCCACGUGUUCCUCAGUGUUCUCAUUCUCGCUACCUGGGCACUUUCACCAUUGGGCGGCCAGAGCUCAUCAAGAAUUCUGCUAUUCGGAAACGCAACAGAAGUUCCCAACGGAGCUGUUAGUUACUUGCAUCCAGCAUAUCAAGUAUCCAGCUAUGUCACCCGGUCAUCUUUCUUAUCGAACAAAGGUAGUGUGGCAGCAAUAUAUUCUUCAAGUCUCCUGUCAUCCCUUGAGCAGAAGCGAUUUCCUAGGGAUAUGUGGGAGUUGCCAAAGAUCCCCCAGUUGAAAGAAGACAAGAAGGUGGGAGAGACAUACCUCGUUGACCUUGACGCCCUCGAAAAAGGCCACGACCAUUAUGCAUCCCUUUUGGGGAUUAAGCUACAUGGCCUUUAUUCUUCGCAAAACAGGACUCAAUACAACCUCACAGCGGAGACUUCAUAUAUCAGACUCCAAUGCUCUUUAGCCGACGAUCAGUUUAAUAUUACACCUAUUUUUGAUCGUGCGGUUAUCAGAACCUUGACAGAAAAAGACAUUAUGGGGGCAAUUAUUGACAUUGAAAAUCCACUAUCACAGAAAGAGUGGAAAGGCCUUGAAAGUCCACCUCCCCUGCAACUACUUUACUUCAUUAAGUGGCAACUUCAGGAUGAAGACGGUUAUCCCUUGAGUGCCUGGUCAGCUAUCAACUGUACCAUGGGAACAAUUUGGCUUGCAACAGAUAUCCACUGUGGUCCAACCUCAUCACCAACAAGUUGCUAUGCUUACCAACAACGCCAGGUCAAGGGCAAAAUCUCGUCCAAUCAUCUCCCAAGACUGAUGACCAAGAAUCUCGAUAGAUUCAGGCAAGCGGUCUCCUUUUGGCCACAGGCAUCAGGGGAUUUGGGGGUUGGCAAGCCAUCAGCCACAGAGAAUUAUAUCCUGGGCGAGCGUCAUCCCUACGCUGGACAGGACUUCAGGAACUGGACGGCAAUGGAUCGUUCAAUCUUCCCAGAGGAAAUUUCCAGCCGACUCACGACUGCCUUCAAUACCUUCUGGGACGCUACACUGAACCCCCUUGGACAUACCAACGUCACUUUUAGCGCCAUGGAUGGCAAUAUCACAACAUUUGAGGACGAGUUCAAUCCUGAACCUUUCCUGAAUUUGACCGCUGCGACUAUGACUACGACCCUUGAGGUAUAUCGUGCCAGCCAAUUUUGGGUGGCUAUACUUCUUGCAACUACUCUAUUUCUUCAGAUCCUCGCGAUUCUAGGAGUAGUGCUUGAAGCUCUCAUAAUAGGACCAGGCAUUCUUGGAUUCGCAAGCUCGUUAACAUGA